UUAUGCAAAUGUUCAGUAUGCGUUUGCUACAUGGUUUGCGAAAAUCACGCAUGUUGUGCGCUGAUUAGCUUAUGCUUCUUUUUUGAUUAAUCGAUUGCACAAUAUUUAGUACAUUUCACAAAAAGUUAUUGUCGAAAAAAGGUUAUAUGUAUGAAAUAUAGGUCAUGCAGACCAUCCGCAGAGUAAUGUAAUGAAUAGCUGUGGGAGCUUUAAUACUAACACGAAGUUACGUGGACUGAGGAACUCAGAGACACUUGAAGAGUCUCCUUGUAAUAGUCAAGGAAGUGAUAUCGAAAAAGGAGAAGGAGGUACUUUGACUAGCUACGGAAUUAACGAGUUUAAUGUCCCUCGUGGCACUUUGGUCAUUUGCCAACGAAAUUCCAACAAUUAUUUAUCAGAUCAUUCAUUCUCCAAAUUUAAACCAAGAAUUAGUGGGAUACCACGCAAUGAACCUCGAAUGGCUCGUGGUAGCAGUUCAGGAGAUCGUGGCAGAGGAGGCUUACGUGGCCGGGGUUUUAAGAAAACAUCUGAACGUGAUGCGAAUACAGAGUCCAGUUAUCAUUCUACACCUAAACCCAAGUUUCAAGAAUCGCUGAAAAAUCAGGAAAAUUCCCAGAACAAAUACUAUGAUGAUAAAAGAAUAAAUGAGGACUCCAGAAUUUCCAAGCUUCUGAGGCGAUUAUGCCGUGAGGAUGAUUAUGAUCAUUUCAUGAUGCUUUGCAAACAAGUACAAGAAGGUAUACUAGCACCUGAAAAUCAAAGAUAUAUACGACGUAACUUAGAACAUAUCUGUGAAAGCUUAUUAGAUAUUUUACAUUCUGGUCCUGGACCAGAUGCAAAGCAACAUGUGACAAAAUGUUUAGGUCGUAUCGGAUAUGUCGUAGAUCAAGAUUUCAAAAGAUUUAUAGAAUGGACUUUUAGUAAGUAUUCCUUGGAAAGAAAAGAUGACAUAAAAUGUCUUCUAAUAAAAUCUUUUGUUGAAAUGCUCAAACUGGAUGCAGAAACACCAAGAUUAAAGGAAUUCUCAGUGUCUAUGAUGUCACAAUUGCAAUCAACAUUGGAAAAUGUUGAUAGAUCAGACUUAUUGGUGGCAACAGUGGAUGCCAUAUUAUUAUUAAUUGAAUCAUAUCCUGAGACUUUUUCCAAUCAUUUUCGUGAUACAGUCGAUAUUUUAGUGGGUUGGCACAUAGAUUCAACACAACAAAGAUCCAUUGUAGCUUAUGCAAGUAAAAGCUUGCAAAAGUUACGAACAUUUUGGAUUGCAGAUUUGCAAUUUACAUUGACUUUAUUAGGACAAUUUUUGGAAGACAUGGAAAGUUAUGACGAAGAAUUAACUAUACCUGAAUCUGGCAGAAAUUCACCUAACGAUGAAACAUCUCCAACACCUAAAGAAUGUAUACUUCGUAUUACAUCUUUGAUAUCUGUAUUUAAUACUGUGACUAAAAGUAUAUCUGAUCAUUUGAAUCCUAAUCUUACACCUAAUGUACAAUGGUCCUUUUUAAUGGAUUGCCUAUCAAAGAUGUUGAAAACUGUAGUAAAAGCAAUUGAAUUAAAUGAAGGUUAUGAGGAGUGGUCGCAAAAUCUUAUUGCACCAUUUGAAAAUACUGAAAAUGUAAUUAAAUGUGUAAGGCAUAUGCAUUCAUCACAAAAGUAUAUUGAAACACUUUUAAAAAGUUUUAAUAAGGAAGAAAUUAAUGAAGAGAAUUUAAUAAAGAUGCUCAAAUGUUUAUAUAUUAACAAGAGAAAUGAUAAUAAAAAUUCUAAAAUUAUGCUUGAUAAAGAUAUCUUAACAAAAGAAAAGGAACAAUCUUUGAUGAACAUACUCGCUUCAAUGGAAUUAAAAAGAAAAAAAAAUGUUGAUCUGUCAGAAGAAAAAGAGGAAUUGAUCAUGGUAGCAAAUGAAUGUGCAUUUUUGCUCCUAGGAUACAUUCAAAGUCGCGUAACUAAAAAUCACGAUCUACUUUAUAAAUUUAUCGAUCUUCAAUUGCAAAGAGUCAACAUUUUUUGGGAUGAUACAAUUAUUUCUAUGUUGAAUACUAUCUCAAAAGUAAUAAAAGAGGUAUCAGCAAAUUUACCUUUGGAACUGGUGCAUAAAUUGCUUGGAAAAAAUUCAACCUUAUUAAAAUUAAGGUUCAGAAAUUCUAUAUCCAUACAAAGUGCUAGCCUUGGUGUAUAUCACAGUCUGUUGAGUUUGAAGAACAUACCAUUACUACAAGAGGCAUACAGAUAUAUAUUAGCUGAUUUAGAAAUGGCUUACAAACUUAUUCUAAGAGAUAUUGAUUGUUUAGUCAUGGACAAUCCUUUCACUGAUGUGCAAUAUAAAAAGUCAGAUGCAGAAAUUGUUAUUAUUUUUAUUCUACGUGCACUUUCAGAUAUAGCAAAUGCAAGUAAUUCAAUAAUUGGAAUGUGGGCAUUAAAACCAACUAUCUUAGAACUCCUUGCUGUUAAAUUAAAACCAUAUGACCCAGGAUUAUCUAUUGCCAGUCCAUUGUUACAAUACAGCAUUUUGUAUUUGCUUUAUGCACAUUGCUCUAGGUAUAAUCAUUUUGUACCAAGCUCUAGUUUAAUAACAGGAACAACUGCAUGCCGCCCGAUAGAUAUGUUUCCUGGAACGUUAGAUGUACCAACUACUUCACCUACAAGCGGUCAUUUAUCUAUAAUACUUAAUCUUAUAGCAAAGACUUAUAACAAAAGAAGUCCAAAUAGAACAUUAUUACUUUUAUCUAAUUGGAUGCAAGAGAUUUGUAUACAAUCUGAAAAUUACAUUGGUAUUUUGAGUAAAACUAAGGAAUGUGAAAAUGUUAUUACCAGUUUAAUUGCUUGUGGUGCUACAACUGAUCAUGAUAUUUUAAUUGCUAUUUGUUCUAUUUUCGAAAUUUUAUUGAGUUCAAAAAAUGUUGUGUGGCGACAAGAAAUUUAUUCAAGUAUUGUUGACUUUGCAAUGUUACAUCUGACUUCAUAUGACAAGCAUGUACGUGAAAAGUAUAGUCAACUACUUAUGAACGUGCCUCUUAAUAUUGUUAUUCCAAAAUUGAAUAAAGAAUGUUUACCGUCAGAAACGAAGAAAUUUCAAGAGAUUGAGAGUUAUUCAUUAGAAUCUUUAAUCCUUGCACAAAGAUUACACAUGAGAGGUAACAACAAUGGGGAAAUGCAAGCACAAUAUUUUAAAACCUAUAUGGCAUUUUUAUUGCAAGAACAUUACAUUGAUGCAUCUGGUUUAGCUGAAAUAUUUACUUUGUGCUGGCCAACAGUGUCUGAAAAUGAAAUAAUGACAAAAAUGUAUGCACUGGCACUUGCAAAUUGUUCUUUCUUAUUUUUUUGGUGUGGCCUAGAAGCUGCACAACAUUGCGUGAUUAAUAAAUUGCGUACUUCUCUUGGGAAACCACAAGAAACAUUUACAAGUAUUGAAGGAGCCUUGAAAAUUUUAGCUCGUGAGAUAUCAUACAAUCCAGAAAUAGUGAAAAAAGAUAAUCGUGGUUUAGAUUAUCUAUUGCAUGAGCACACACGUGUAAGGCUUUUUAUAGAAUUCCUGGAACAUUUAGAAAGAGUUAUUCACAAUGCUGCAGAGGGAUGUGCAGUAGCAUUAUCACCCUUAUCAAAACCAGUACGAACUUUCUUCCACACUAAUAAAUCUACAUGUAAAGAAUGGUUAAAUCGCAUUCGUUUGGCUUUAUGCGUUGUUUCAUUACAUUCGGGAUUGGCAACAGCAGCUCUGAGAAAUGGUCAAAGACUUUUAGAAGAUUUAAGUAUUUGUGAAAAUACUCAAGGUAUUGAGUUCGAGAGAGCAACUCUUUGCACAGCUCAAGCUAUGGUUAUGUUAGGAGAAGCAGAAGCAUUACAAGGACUUUAUAUUUAUACGAAAGAAAAGGAUAGGAAAUUUCCUUGGCUGAAAGCAGCAAUGGAAGAAGCUGCUGGUCAUUAUGAAUCAGCUGCUGAAAAUUAUAAACAAAUUAUCGAAGAGCAUUGGUAUACCAUGGAUGAAGAUACAAGAGGUGCAAAAAUAGAUGGUGACAAUCAAGUAGCCACAUUUUGUAUGCAGCAUCUUACUAAGUGUUAUAGAGCUGUUAACGAUUGGUUUCAGUUGGAAACAUGGAAAGUGAUAGAAAGUGAUAUUCUGUCACAAGAAAAAAAUAUGCUCCUAAAAAAGCAGAUGAUGGAAAAUAUAGUUCCUCAGCAGGCAAAAUGUCUAAAAAAGUUUGAAACUGGUGAAAUUAUUUCUAUGGAAGAAUUAUCUAAUUGGAACCUAUUGGAUGAAGAAACGAGAACAAAUUGGAGUUGUGCCAAGACUCUUAUUGAAUGCAAUAACACAUUAACUAAUAUUGCAAUGAGUGCUCAUAUCAAUGAAUAUAAAACUUCGUUCGACAAAGACAUACAGAGAUGUCAGAAAGUAGCUGCAAAAACAAUGGAGGAAGGCUUAAGAAAUGUACCUUCAGAGUAUCUAAGUGAUUCUGUAUUAAUACAAUAUUCUGCUACUGGCUUGAAAAAUUUAUUAGCUGGAAAACAAAACAAUGUAUUCGAAUUAUAUAAAGAGGAUAAAAUUAAUAAUUUGAGUACUAAUAUCUUGACACAAAUUUUAUGGUGGUCAGAUUAUUUCUGUAAAACAAAUAAUGCUAUCUCUAACGAAGUGGCUAGCUUGAGAUUACAUGUGGUUCGAAGUGCAAGGAAAGAAGGCAAUUUUAAUUUAGCAAAACGGGAGAUGAUAAAGUACUUUGAAAUUGAGCAAGACUUAUUCCAGAUCAAAGAUAUACAGGACUGUAAUUUUACAGAGAUUAUAGAAAAAAUGCUUACGGAAUCUAUGCAUGUAAAAUGGUCUAAAAAUAAUAUGCGCGCGUUUAGAGAAUUUGCAAAAUUGCUAUAUGAUAUGGAAAAUAUAGAGGAAGCAUUGAAAGUAUGCAGUGCCACAUCACUAGGAAUUUCUCAAUCUAUUGUAGGUGGAGAACAAUUGGCAGACUUAAGAGAAACAGGAACUAAGCUUCUACUCACUCUUAGUAAAUGGAUACAACAAGAUGCGAAUAUAACUGAUAAUCAUCAAUUAGAAGAUUUAUUACGAUUUGAAGCUGUCCACAAUGAUGGUUUAAUGAAUAAAUUGUUCGGAGACACAACAGAUUUGAUACCUACGUCAGAUAUGAUAAUUGGGAAGUUAAUGCAGUUAGGUGUAAAUCAAUGUCCUGAUCUGCCUUUAGCAUGGUCUAGCUUUGCAGCAUGGUGCUACAAAUGGGGUAGAAAAAUUGUUGAUAAUUCCAAUUCUGGUCAACUUACAGAUACAGAUCGAAUAAAUAUACAAUCUUUGUUACCUAUAGAUAUUACAGAGAAUGAUCUUAACGCGAUUUUUUCAAUAUUAAGUCAAAACAAAACCAUUCCAGAAGAUGAGGGUGAUAUAGAUACGAACGAUAUAAAUACAUCAGAGAUGAUAGAAAAUCAAUUACGAAAUGUUCCGAUUUUAUGUCAUGCUAGUAAUGAACACCUUGGAAUGUUAGUUGAUAUAUGGAGGCAAGCUCAGAAACGAAUUUAUUCUUAUUAUGAAUUAUCUGCAAAUGCUUAUUUUAAAUAUUUGCAAUUAGCAAAUAAUGAAAACAACAAUUGCGAUACUAUCACAGCUACGCUAAGGCUUUUACGUCUUGUUGUUAAACAUGCUCUAGAACUUCAGAAUGUACUUGAAUCUGGACUUUCAACGACACCCACUGGUCCAUGGAAAGAAAUUAUACCACAAUUAUUUUCAAGACUUAGUCAUCCAGAAGCAUAUGUGCGAACCCAAGUUUCCGAACUUUUAUGUAGAGUGGCAGAAAAUUCCCCCCAUUUGAUAACUUUUCCUGCUGUAGUAGGAGCUGUUUCUGGCCAAAGAAAAAAUUAUGACAAAGUGGUUUAUGAAAGGGCAGAAAAUGAUACAUCCCAGCAUAAUGAUUUAGAUUACAUAGAAGAGGAUAAUGAAUCUACUUAUAACGAUGAAAAUCAAGGCUUUAUGGAUGCUUGUUUUGCGCAAUUAGUUGAUUGUCUAUCUAAUAGAAUCCCAGAUUCCGUUAGUCAAGUGAAAAUACUUGUUAAGGAACUUCGUAGAAUUACGCUGUUAUGGGAUGAAUUAUGGUUAGCAACACUGUGUCAACAUCACACAGAAAUUAGCAAGAGAUUUGAACAGCUUGAAUUCGAAGUUCAAAAAGUACAAGACAAUGUUUGGCUUACCCCAGAAGAGAAAGAUAAGUUAAUUGCUGAAAAGCAUAGGAUCAUUUUGAAACCAAUAGUAUUUAUCCUUGAAAAUCUUUUAGCAAUGACAUCUGUAUCAGCAGAAACUCCACAUGAAAAAAGUUUUCAAGACAAGUUUGGCCCUACGAUUCAAGAAGUAAUUAGUAGAUUAAAUAAUCCGAAAAAUCCUGCAAAACCUCAAAUGGCUGGAUUGUCUUUAAAACAUUUAGAAACGAAAUUAGCGCAACGUGUACAAAAACGGACUACUUAUUCAUUGUCAAUGACAGAUAUUAGCCCAGUAUUAGCUAAUUUAAAGGAUACAUGCAUCGCUAUGCCAGGUGUUGCUGCUAUUGGCAAUAAAGUUGUUACUAUUAAAUCUGUUGAUAACAAUGUACAAAUAUUACCAACUAAAACAAAACCAAAAAAGCUUAUGUUUCAUGGUUCGGACGGUCAUACUUAUACAUAUUUAUUUAAAGGAUUAGAAGACUUACAUCUUGAUGAAAGAAUCAUGCAGUUUUUAAAUAUAUGUAAUACUAUGAUGUCUAAAAACAAUGACACCAAGAAAGUUUACAGAGCACGUCAUUAUUCUGUCAUCCCUUUGGGUCCACGAUCUGGUCUUAUACAAUGGGUUGAUGGCGUUACGCCAUUAUUUGUUCUUUACAAACGUUGGCAACAAAGAGAAAGUGCAAUGGCAAAUAAAAGUGGAAACACAGCAAUUUUGCGACCUUCUGAAUUGUUCUAUAAUAAAUUAACUCCAUUACUGAAUGAAAGAGGUAUUGCAUUGGAUAAUAGGAAAGAAUGGCCUCUUCAAGUGCUUAAACAAGUAUUAUCAGAAUUAAUGGCGGAGACUCCAAAGGAUUUAUUGGCUAAAGAAAUCUGGUGUAACAGCAUUAAUGCGGGAUGUUGGUGGCAGGCAACUAAAAAUUAUUCAUAUUCUGUUGCUGUUAUGUCAAUUAUUGGUUACAUUAUAGGCUUGGGUGAUAGGCACUUAGAUAAUGUAUUGGUUGAUCUUAAUACCGGAGAAGUGGUACAUAUAGAUUAUAAUGUAUGCUUUGAAAAAGGAAAGACUUUACGUGUCCCAGAAAAAGUACCUUUCAGAAUGACACCCAAUAUCAAAGCUGCACUAGGUGUAACUGGUGUCGAGGGUAUAUUUCGAUUGGCCUGUGAACAUACUCUUAGAGUUAUGCGUAGAGGACGAGAAACGUUACUUACUUUAUUGGAAGCAUUUGUAUAUGAUCCUCUGGUAGAUUGGAGAGCUGGAGCUGACAAUAGUAUCGCAAGUUAUGGAGCAUGCCAAGCUAGAGCAAGAUGUACUGGAAUAGGACGAAAACAAUUAGAACAGGAACUUACACGAGCUAUGUUUGCUGUUAGAAUAGCAGAAAUGCGAGCAGAAUGGCUUGCAAACAGGGAUGAGUUAGUUAAAACUUUUCCUUUGCUGUGUCAUCACUUAACAUGUUGGAUUGAGGCAACUGAAGCAUCACAGCAGUGUCAAGACUUAUUGCAAGAUAGACAUCAACAACUUGCGUUAGUAAAAGAGGCUCAGGCAAUGGGACGUAAUCAUGCUUUGUAUUCGGUGGUAAAAAGAUAUAAUACGUUUAAAAGAGCAAGAGAUGCGCAUGAAAAAGCCAGAAUAGGAUUGAAAGAAAAAAUAGAUGAAUGUGAAAAGCAAAUUAACAUGCACAAUAUUGCAUUGGCUUCUGUGAGAGGACCACAACUAGGCCAAUGGCUAACGGAAUUAGGAACAUCAGCUACACGAGAAGAUCAUGUUGUUUUUGAUCUCGUUAAAGAAUUUCUACAAAAUGCUGGUCAAAAUCAAAUGAUCCUUCAGUGUGAGCAAUCUGAGAAUGAAUUAACACAAUUAGCUACUCAACAGUCUAUUCUUAUUCGUAGUUGUUUGGAUCUUAUGAGUCAAUAUUCAGCAAUAUGUAAUCUUUAUCCAAUAAGUAUUGUUUCACAACAUCGUACUGUUGUUUACCAUGCUUGGGCAAAUAAGUUGCUGGCAUCAGGAACAGUGGAAACUUGUCAUGAAGUCAUAACACAAUUUGAAGCAAAUUUUGGCCAAAUUAAUGGAAAUAAUUCUCAGGAACAACAAAUAGUGACAUUUUCUUAUCAUAUGCAAGCCAUCUUGAAUGAAGCAAAUGAGAGAUUUAAAAAAGCUUAUGAAAGGAUGGUAUCUGAGGGUCUACCAGAAGCAAUUAGUAGAAUUGAAAAGGCAUAUACGGAAUCAAGAGUUCAGAUUACAGGAUUUUUAAGACGUGAAAAAGGUGCAGAAAGAGCACUUGAGUGCGUUAAUAUAACAGCGCUUUGUGCUUUGAACAAAAGAUAUUUAAUGAUGGAAGGGGCUGCUAAAUGUGCAGGAGAUUGUUUAGUUGAUCUCACAUCACGGGAAGGAGAUUGGUUUUUAGAUGAAAUGAGAUUGAUGUCAUCAUUGAUAUCUGAACUUGUUACAUUGAUACCUGAGAAUCAUAAAACGAAUAACGAUCCAAAAAUAUUCCUUGUAUUGAAAUGUCUUAAAAACGCCGAUUCUAUCUAUAAAGGAUUACAAGAACUUAAUUAUAAUUUUCAUACAAUUAUUUUACCAGAAGCCAUGAAGACAAUUAUUACAGAGGAACCAACUGUAAUUAGGAUGAUAAACGAAUUAAAUGAAAUAAUCAUAUCGACAGGAAUACCCCUAGGUGAUAUUCUUAGACAACUGGAAAUACACCUUAGAUUUACUGUAAUGGAAAUGGAGAGUCCACAUGCUAUGGUACAAAAUUUAGUGUCUAAUAUGAGAUCAAGAUUCGAAACGUUGCUAUCUAGACCUGCAGAUAUUCAAGAACUUAAUCACGAUGAAACAUUAACACCCGGUCAAAUGCUUUUAAUGGGUUUCAAUGGAUUGUUUGAAAAGUUACAAAUGGAAGGUAAUGCUUUGGUGAUUACAUUGAGUUCACUUGAUAUUCCACUAAAUUGGAAAAAGAUCGAUCAAAUCAGAGAAGCUAAAGAAAUGGCUGCGCCUAUAUUUAAUAAAGCAGCACGGCAAGUUUUAGAAGAUAUUUUCCUGAUAAAGAGAUUAUAUACAAUACAAGAAUUUUUUAUAAUGUGUAGAGAUAUUGCUACAGCAUUUAGAGGGGAGAUGGCAAAUGUUUAUGACGACGAAAGAUUAAACAAACCAGUAAGAGUAUUUACUGCAGAUUAUGUCUCGAGACAACUCCUUGGAGUAACGACCCAAACGCUCGCCAUUGCAUUGUGUUUUCUACUACAAAGAAUGGGAUUAAAUGUUACUACUGAAAUUGAACAAAGAGAUAUUGGAGCAGAGAGCAAAGUUUCAAUCGAGGAAUUAUGUAGAAAGAUGGUUGACUUAUGUUUAAAACAAGGUUUGUUUACGGGAUCUGUUUUAGCUCAAGCUAGUGCAUUGAGUAGUACGUUAGAGAGCGCAUGGAGAAGAAAACAAAGUGCAAGACUGGCGCAACAAGGUGUUGAAUUAGCACGAGCUAGUGUGCAAAGAUUGCAACUCCAGCUAACAGCACAUAAUUGGUUGCACGAAGAUAAUUUUCUACUGAGAUCUAAUAUGAGUCCCAUAAAUCCAUUAAAUCGUUCCGCCUUUAUGUUGGAAUUAAGAAAAACAGCUGCAGCUCUAUCUAAUUUACAAUCAAGAGUAUGCGAGGCACGAGAGCAGCAACAAAAUCUGGUGUCCAGCGCUAUUCAGCGUUUAAAAUGGGCUGCUGGCGCAAAUCCAGCGUUAGGCGAAGUCAUGUCUGCAUUCGACAAUGCGGUGUUGUCUUCGUGUGAAAAAUUAACGCAACAACAUAAUCUCGCGGCUGCUGUUAUCAAUACUUGUAAUUCUAUAUUACAUUACGAAGCAUUACGGACUAGAACAUCGGAAAGUGUUACCCACGAUGCAAAUUUUAUCAAGCUUGUUAAGCAUUGGGAAGAGAGUUGUUUAUUAACAGUAAAUUUAACAAUUACCGUUAGUCCAAUAGAAGAAAGUCUUAUUGAAUUGUUACAGUUAGAAAACAAUGUCGAUGCUAACUGGUUGAAACAAGCAGAGAAACUUAUUUCUGAGGCGAUCAUUGAUACGCAAAAGAAAUUACAAGAAAAGCAAGAUAUUUUACACAAUGCACACGAUUGCUUAAGAGGACGAGUGACAAGCCUUCAGAAUAUACUUGCAGAACAUCAUAAAUUAAUGUCCGAUGUUCGAGUUCUAUUAAAGACUAUGGUUAAGCAAGAAAAUAUUAUCGGACUGCAAGAAUUUUUAAAUACUUACCGAUCAUUCACCGAAACCUUAUCUACGGUCGUGAAAGAACUAGAAUCAGACAAUUUAGAUCCCACAAGAGGCAUUGGUAUAAAGUCUGAAUUAGAGAAUAUGGCGAUUAUGGUACCGAACUUAUAUAACGAGUUGUUGGAAUUCGCUAGCGAACACAGAUUAAAUCCAAAUAAAGGAUCAGAGAAAGAAUGUUCUCUUAAAAAGAAAGUUAAAUUAAUGAGACAAGAUAGCGUAUGUCUUAGUCCUAAAAAGGGAAUUCCUUUAGCUAGGGAUCCAACUACAGGCAAAGCUGUUCAAGAACGAAAUGCGUAUGCGCUAAAUGUAUGGCGACGCGUGAGAAUGAAAUUAGAGGGACGAGAUCCAUAUCCAACGCGCAAGUAUACGACGGCCGAACAAGUGGAAUAUGUAAUACGUGAAGCACAAAGCACUGAUAAUUUAGCUCUCUUAUACGAGGGCUGGACACCAUGGGUUUGAAGGAACGAAAGCAAACGCAAACGCGUUGAUGGUUAAA